UCGUUGCACCAGCAAUGCUGCUCCGAUCCCGGCGGCGCGUCGCCACCGAGGAAGAUGCCCGUCGCCGUCGGGCGACCGUUCCUAGAGGGAGAAGCAGGGCGGGGCCGGACCGGCUCGCCGCGCUCCCGGAGGACAUACUGCAGGAUAUCCUGGUGCGCCUCCCGGCCGACUCCGUGCUCCGCUGCCGCGCCGUCUGCCACUCCUGGCGCCGCCUCGCCUCCGACCCCGCGUUCCUCCUCGACCACCACCGCCGCCAGCCGGAGCUCGCCCUAAUCAGGUCCUACCGGCCCUCCGAUGCCUCUGACGCCCUCCCCCGCCUCGAAGCCCUCCACAUCCGGGCCGCCGAGUUCCGGCCAUUCUUCGGGUUCCCCAAACAGUUCGGCUCCCACUUCCCCGCCCGCGCCUCCUGCGACGGUCUCUUCGUCGUUGGGCAGUGCAUCUGCAACCCGACCACGCGGCAGUGGGCGCCGCUCGCCACGGGCCCAAGCCCCCAUGCCGGCACUGUGGUCGCCCUCUACCGGCACCACCCUUCAGGGGAGUAUCGCGUGCUCUACUGGACACGAUGGAACCCCGAUGGAAAUUGGUCAUGUCUGCAUGCGUACUGCGUCCUCACCGUGGGAACCGACCAACCCAGGAGUGUGGGUUAUCCUCGGGUAGGCAGCUGGAGGAGGGGAAUACACAUCUUUGGCACGCCAGUCCUUGUCAAUGACAUCCUGCACCUGCACUGGAGGGAACACACCAGUGUCCGCCACCACAGGAUACUGGCGUUUCACACGGUGGUGGAGACCUUCGGGCACAUGAGCCUGCCCGCGGCUGUGGAGCCCCGCCAUGCGAUGCACCUGCUUCAAAUGGGUGGCAAGCUUGUCGCGUCCACCGGUAAGGAUGACAUGACAGGGAUGACCAUCCUUUUGCUGCACCAUGAUGUCUGGACCUAUCACUACCAGAUCAAACUGCCGGUGAUGGAUAACAUGCAUUUCCAACAAGAACUGGGGAACUGCUGGGCAGAGAUUGUUUCCGAGGAGCAAGACCUGCUUGUUAGCUGCUAUGGCCACCUCUUGCAUUGUGACAAGAAGGGAAAUUUGGUAGCCAACUUCAAGUUUGAUGAUGACAUGCCAGUGGUUCUGCCUCAUAGGCUCAAAGAGAGUCUUAUUCAGCACAAGUUUUUCCAAAAGAAAAACAUUCCAGAAGAAGAAGAAGAAGAAGAAAAACUGAUUACAGUUGUCCAUCUUGAUUGAGAUCUGAUUUGUGCCAUGUUAACUGUCAGUAAGCUCUCUCUCUGGUUAUAUCAUGCAAUCAAUAAGUG